UUCUCAUUUCAUAUCUGAAGUUAAAGAAAUGUGGUUUACAAAAUUUCUCGCACUUAUUUUAGUAUUUUUCAUUAUAAAUAUUUUCGAGCCACUACUACCCCAAGUCGCUGGUGAUAGACAAUUGGAUGAGGAUUGCAAAACCCUAAGGGUGCGAUGUGGAUAUUGCAUAAACAAUCUAAAGUUUGAACCGAGUGAUUACAUACUGAUUAACGAUUUAAAUCAGAAAUGUCGAAUGGAUGUUGGACGCAAAUAUGUCUGGAGGAACCUUAAUUCCUGCGAUAUGGUGUAUUUACGUUGCAAGGGAGUUAAAAAUAAAAUCGAUUGCAGCGUUCUGGCAGAUUUGGCUAAGAUGAGAAAGCGUUUACAUUAAUUUUUGUUUUCAAUCAAAAUAAUUUUUAUAAUAAUUUAUUGAGGAAAA